GGUGUUGAAAUGAGUCACUGGGCCCUAGAAAAGUACAGACCAUCACUUGUUUCGCUUGACGAUUCGCGGUGUUUACUUGCUCUCGCCUGCUCCUGUGCUCCGCGGUUAGUGUUUAGCUGCCUGGUGUGAUUCGAUUGCAGCAUCGUUAAAGCCGUCGGUAAGCCGUUUGCCAAAAGACGGAAUUAGUUGAUCGACCGCUCGUAGCACUUGGUGCGAGCGAGCCUGGUACUGUACCUGAGGCAAGCGAGCCUUAGCCUACAGUGAGCGAACUUAGUACCUGGUGUGCUCCGAACGCAGCGUUGAGUUUCCGUUGUUUUACUUUCUUUCUCUCUACGACUUCUACCGCCUCGGAACUCGUUGUUUAGAUUACUCCGUCGCGUGCAUCAUCAGUUGGAAGACAGUCAUUAUAAUGUACAUUAAUGUACAUUAUUAGUAGGUCGGAAUUAAUGUACAUCAGUCCGUACUAGUGUUCAGUCGUUUGCCUAAUCGCUUAGGGUAAAGCCUGGUCGCGUUAGUCCCCUCGUGCAAAAAUCUGUACUAAAGUGUUAUUUCCCCGUUUCUAUCCUAUCCUCCGUCUCCUCCCUAACGCUUUUCAUCCUAAGCGUUUCCCUUACAUGCUGUUUCGUUAGGUCAGACCGGGGAAAAAAAACCUAUCAUGGCUCCUCCUAACCCAGCAGGGCUGGGUGUGGACAAAAACUCCCGGAAAAUUGGCAAGGCGGGGGGUAAGAAACAGAAGGAAGUGAAAGCAUUUGUGCCUGAAACGAAGGUGAUUCAAACGGAUGUGGCGCAUUUCCGGUCGCUCGUUCAAGAGCUCACAGGCGCAGCCUCCCAAGACGCGGACGGGGGACCCGCGCGGGGUUCGGGGGGGAAGGCGCGCGGAAGGGGGGGCGAGUCUGGGGGGAAGGCACGCGGAGGGGGUGAUGAGCCUGGGGGAAGGCCGCGCGGAGGGGGGGGUGAGCCCGGGGGAAGGCCGCGCGGAGGAGGGGGUACAACUGGCGGAGGGGCGCAACAAGGGGGGGCGGCGGGGGAACUACGGGCGGCGGUGCAGCCUCUGCAGAUGCAAUGGCAGCAGCAGCAGAGGCAGGCGCAGCAGCCGCAGGGAAAGGAGCAGCAGCAGCAGCAGCAGCAGCAGCAAUGCUUGGAGCAGCAGAUUCUGCAGCGUCAGCGACCCCAGGCAACACCCUCAAGCGAGAAACAUCCACCGGUGGUAACCAGCACAGGCGAAGUAUUCACAGGACUAGCGACCAGAGAAGCAGCCCUGCAGUCGCAACAACAGGCUGCGCUUAAUAAUGCGGCUGGUAAUAGCGAAUUUGCUAAUAGUGGAGUUGCCAAUAGCGGAUUUGCUAAUAGCGGAGCUGCUGUUACUGGAGCUGUAGCUAAGCAAGCUUUUGGUGGCCAUUUUGGUGCAGGGAGGUAUGAGGUAGCAGCUGCGGGGAUUACAGGGGGAGGAAAUGCCGAAACAGAAAGGCGUGGUAAUACAGAACAUGCAGGAGGUGUGGCCGCUUUUGAGUCGAAUCAAAAGCAAAUUACAGGGGGAGGUAAUGCUGAAACAGAAAGGUGUGGUUAUACAGAAAAUACAGGAGGUGUGGCUGCAGACUCUAGACUAUCCAUGUGCCUCCAGCUGAACCCAGAUAUCCUUUCACUGUUGUCACGUGCCGUUAGUAGCAGACAGGGAACAGGUCAGCACCAGCAGCGGCAGCAGCAGCACGUGCAGCAGCAGCAGCAGCAGCAGCAGCAGCAUGUGCAGCAGCAGCAAUCAAAGCCGCAGCAAUUGCUGGCGCAGCACCGGCUAGAAGCUCCCUCUCAUCAGUCACUUAGGGAGUAUCAUGAUGAUUUCGCAUCACCCAGUAUCGCGUUUCUUCAGCCGAACGAAGUGCCUCCUCUUUCGCAUCCUCAUCCGAAUUCGGGUUGGGAACAAGCGGGUGCUCCCACUACGGAGCAGCAGCAGCGGCGGCAUUUUCCGUUUGAGCUGACCGGAGGGACACCCCUUACGGAGCGGCAUUUGCCAUUUGAUUUUGUUCCAACGGCACCCGACGGCGCGCGGCAGCUUGCUCUUGAGUCGGCCCGAGAAGCACCUGGACCACCAGAGCAGCGUUUGAGGGGCAUUGGGAAUCAUCAGCAGCAGCAGCCGCAGCAGCAGGAGGAGGGAGCACUGUCGCCUGCGAGGCUGGCACUUGGUGGGAGUCAGCAGCAGGGUACAGCACUGUUGCCUGCAAAGCUCGGAGAUGGAUGGAGAGGGGGAGGAGGGAGUGGGGAGGAGGCAGGAGCAACUGCAGGGGCGGGUCUAUGGGCGGGUCUAACAGCUGGAAAAAUAGGAGGCCAGGCCAGAACAGAUGUGAAUGAGAGGGAGCGGGCGCAUGUAACUUUUGAGUCGGCUCAAAAGCACCAGGGGGAGGCGCGGGCGGCUGCAGGGGCGGAUAUAUGGGGAGGAUCAGCGGGGAGUAUACAGGGUCAGGCCAGAAUAGAUGUGAAUGGCAGGGAGCAGGCGGCGCAGGUAGCUGGCACACAACUCGCACUGGCCGUGGCUGGGGGUGUAGGGGUGGGUGGGGCGGCAGUAGUAACUGGAGCUGACGUGGCGGGAGAAGAGUGGCUAAGCUGUGAGGCGGUUGAUAGGGAAGCUGGCGUUCAAAGUAGAUUGAUCAUAGGAGAAGCAGGAGGUGCAGGAGGUGCAGGAGGUGCAGGAGGUGCAGGCGCAGGAGGUGCAAGAGGUGCCGGAGGUGCAGGAGGUGCAGGAGGUGCAGGAGGUGCCGGAGGUGCCGGAGGUGCGCGUGAGAAGGGGUUGUGGAGUGAGCCGCGGGACCAGAGGAGUGGAGGGGUGUUUUGGGGGAGCGUGGGGGAGGUGGGUAGGCAGGGAGAGGAGGUGAGAGUGGGAGAGGGAAUGGAGAUGGGAGGUGGAGUGCGGGAGUGUGAGGGUGGGGUGUUGGGGGAUAUGGAAGGCCAGCAGAUGCAGAUAGACGAGCAGCAGCAGCAGCAGCAGCAGCAGCAGCAGCAGCAGCAGCAGCAGCAGCAGCAGCAGAGUGAACAGCCGUUUGCACAGCAACUUCCAGGGCAAGGACAGCAACGACCAGGUGAAGAGGAGGAGAAGCAACAGCAGCAAGCGAAGCAGCAGGAGCAACAGGAGAAAGAGCAUCUCCAGCAGCAGCAGCAGCAGCAGCCCCCUUCUGCCCUUCCUCCUCUCGUACCUCGACCCAACGCCCCUUCACACGUCCCUCCACCCAUCCCUUACUCAGCCAGCAAGCCACCUCUCCUCCCCUCCUCCCUCCUCCCCUCCUCCAUGCUUCCCCGUAAGCCUCGCCCCCCUAGGCCUCGCCAAGUCACCCGCCUGCAAUCCCUAGCUCCUCCCCCCAUCCGCCCUCUCAUGUCCACCCAGCCUCCUCUCAUCCCCUCCUCCUCCUCCUCCCCCUCCAACUCCUCCUCUCCCUCCCCUCCCUUGUUCCCCCCUGGCCCUACUUCUGCCACUGCUGCUGCCGUUGCUGCUGCUGCUGGUGCUGCUGGUGCUGCUGGUGGUGCUGCUGGUGGGAUUGCUUCGUCUGCUGGUAUUCUUGGUCCGAGCCCUAAGCCCUCACCGGGUCUUUUCUCUCGGCCUCUGGUCUCUCCGCUCGUUCCGUACCCACACCCAUCCCCUUUCUCUGUGUUUUCCUCCUGUAACUCGCCUCUCCUCCCCACCUCCUCUCCUAGGGGGUUCUUAUGGGCGGGGUUGCCUGAAUCCCCUGCGAGUGUGAUUGUAAGGGAGGAAGCCAUGCUGGCAGCUGCACAGACGUCAGAAGAUCCAACGGCUGCUGCUGCACCGGGCUCAGGAAAUCCAAUGGCUGAAGCUGGAGGAUCCGGAGAAGAUCCAACGGAUGUAGCUGCUUCUGGCCUGGCUGCUGCGGUAUCUGCUGAUGCUGCUGCUGCUGCGGCAUCAAGUGGAGAUUCUGCAUCGACAGAUGCUGGCACUUCAAAAGCAGGUGCUUUUAAAGGAGAUGCUUUUAGUGGUACACAGCCUGGCGUGACAACACCGGUUGGUAAACAAGCCGCCUCGUUGCAAGGCCAUGGGGAUACAGGGAGGCUCAUGGGCUCUGCAGCAGUCAGCCCGGCCAAAGCAGAGGCUUCUGAUGGGUCGGUUGACGCUGGGAAGUUGCCAGAAACCCUCACUCUGUUUGAGUAAGGUUCUGCUCUGCAUUGCUGUGUGCUGCUAGGGGAUUCUGGAAACAGAUUUCCAGCUCCCGUUGCACACAAAUUUACAAGGAAGGAUUGGUUGGAUUGGAUGUGGCCAAGCGACCGUACAUUUGGCUGCAAUGGUUUCUCGUACCGGUACUGGUAAUACCGUAGUGACCCACACCAGACUGCUAUGCCAGGAACAAGAUACUGUCAGAAUAAGCUAGCUAGGAAGAGGUUGUCAACUUAUACAUAUAUUAAUGUAGAAGUUAUAGGCUAAAUAGGGUAUGUUCUUAGU